AUGUCGCAUAAGAGUGCAUCACUACAGGUGGAUCUAGUGAAGCUUAGUCAUCUUCACCGUUCCAGAUGCCGUUUGCAGGGCUUCCGACUUUUAUCCCGACUCCUCUUUUACUCCGCUUGUCCAUUGAUCGCCGCUACACAUCAAAAUCACUGCCUAGCUAUCUAUGCGCCUCCAAUUACCGUCCUCGUUUACGUUAUAUUCAAGGAUUUAGAGUCGGCGAUGUCUAUGCCUCGACAUCUUCUCCCUAGGCUUCAGGCCCAUGACCCAGUUAUCCUCUCAUCCCCACCAUUGUAUCUCAUUCUUUAG